AUAAAGUCUGUAGAGUGUGCAAAAUACCCCAAUGCUUCUGAUGCCGCUAAUUUUAGGUUUGUAAUGGAUUAAUACAGAUUUGCCGUAAGAUUUCUAGCCUAAGUGUGCGAUUAUCCUCCCUAGUGGUAAUAAGAAGGUAUUCCGCUACUUCUUUUGUAUUGCGGAUGAAAAUUAUGGCAAUUGUUGUCGCUAGAUGGCGGGGUGUAUCCUGUAUUAUACAACACAUACCAGGUGUUUUUAAAAUCGAAAUGCUCAUAAGCGUUAUUUCUUAUUUUAGUACUUGUAUGACUUGUAAAUGUUUUUUGAGAGGUUUAUUAAAAGUUCGUGCACUGAGGGACCGCAGUAGGUUUUCCGGAAUGUGUCCUGUCAGCUGACAGCAGGACGCGUCACAUGACACAGAAGUUCAGUCGCAAAGCAAGUGCGGAAAGCAGCAGGACGCCGUUCUCCGUAUUUGUUGGUCCAACCUGGGAAGGAUGCCAUCUAACAAGUCUGUUUCUGAAGAGCCGAUCACACAGUUCGUUAACUGCAGAAUCCUGAGGGGCCACCAGCUGCAGAGGGAGGACCUGUGGGUUCGAGAAGGGAAAAUCCUAAAUCCAGAAAAGCUGUUCUUUGAUGAGGAAGGCUAUGCAGAUCACCAGGUGGACUGUGAGGGCAAAAUACUUGCCCCAGGUUUCAUUGAUGUUCAGAUCAAUGGUGGCUAUGGAGUUGAUUUCUCACAAGGAUGUGAUGUCCGUGGCGGCGUGGCCUUGUUGUCCAAGCGGCUCUUGGAGCAUGGUGUGACCUCCUUCUGCCCCACAGUGGUGACCUCCCCACCUCACAUCUAUCACAAGGUCCUCCCAGAGAUGGAAAUUCAUGAUGGAGGAGCUGAAGGAGCAGGGGUCUUGGGCGUUCAUCUGGAAGGCCCGUUCAUCAGCAGGGAGAAGCGGGGAGCCCACCCAGAGCACUGCUUACGCGGCUUCCAGCAGGGGAGUCUCUCAGACUUACUAGAGGUCUACGGCAGCCUGGACAAUGUGUCCAUAGUCACGCUGGCACCAGAGCUUCCGGGCAGCCUGACUGUAAUCCAAGAAUUGGUGAAGAGGGGGGUGACUGUGUCUCUGGGGCAUUCAGUGGCAGACCUGUCCCAGGCAGAACAGGCUGUCCAGCAGGGGGCAACCUUCAUCACGCACCUCUUCAAUGCCAUGCUUCCGUUUCAUCAUCGGGAUCCUGGCAUUGUGGGGCUCUUGACAAGUGAUCAACUUCCACCAGAUUGCACAGUUUUUUACGGGAUGAUUGCGGAUGGCAUUCACACGAAUCCUGCCGCCCUUCGAAUAGCCCAUCGUGCUCACCCUUCAGGCUUGGUGCUGGUGACAGAUGCCAUCACAGCCAUGGGGUUGCCCCCAGGACAUCACACCCUCGGCCAGCAGCACAUCCAGAUCGACGGGCUGCAUGCUUAUGUUGCAGGUACCAACAUCCUGUGUGGGAGCAUCGCCACCAUGGACAUGUGCGUCAGACACUUCCAACAGGCCUCUGGAUGCUCAGUGGAAGCUGCACUGGAGGCUGCCUCUCUACAUCCAGCCCAGCUGCUGGGGAUCAGUGAACAUAAAGGCACCCUGGACUAUGGCUCAGAUGCAGACUUUGUCCUACUGGAUGAUUCCUUGAAUGUGAAAGCUACCUACAUAGGUGGAGAAGAGGUUUGGCGGAAGUGAUGUCAUUUCCUGUUUCCCAUGAUGACCACAGCAGUUCUGCAGUGCAGCUGAAUGAGCUCAGCUUGUUGUGGUGCCGCUCCUCUCCGCAAAGCAGGACACAGGGAACAUGUCACACAGGACCCUCCACAGCCCACAGAACAGUGUCUUCAGAGAGGCAGCCACUGUAAAUCCUGAUACAGCUCCUCUUUAAAAGCACGCCUUUUUUAUCUGUGUUCCACUUUGGAUAUGUGUCCUGUUAGAUUUGAUUCCUGUUCUGCCCUGGUGAUGAGUGUUUUCACAUCAUGGUGUCUCCACACAGCCUUCACAAAAACUGGAAGAUAGUCUCUCUCUGGAUUAUCUGGAAUAGUUGCAUUUUGUAGCUAUACAUGAUUUUGUAGCUGUGCCUUAUAUUCUACAUGUGAAUAAUGUGCCACCAUAAAUUCUGUAAUUCAUUUAAAAUUUUUAGUAUUCAGACUAUAAUACAACCAAACAAAUAACUGA